AGCGAGCAAGCUGGUGGAGGUAAACCCGGAGUCCGGAGUCAAAGCGAAAGAGACGGCAGACCACCGAAGAGAUUUGCGCUAGGACACUGUGAUUUUUCAGUGAUUUUGUGGGUGUUUGUGCUACUUUUAGGGGUGAAAAGUGCAGGAUAAAGGCUGUGGAUUACUGCAGAUCUCUUUUUGGUUUACAAAUUACCCAAAGAUGUGUUCAUUUGGCAGCAGGUAACACAGCAAAGAUGACUAAUAAAACACUGUCAUGGCUCUGCGUAUGCCUCUGCAUAGCACUAGCAGCAGCUCAAUCGAACUACGCCGACCAAGCCAACAACAUCGCCUACCAAGGAGAAGGCCUUCCCGAACAAGGCAUUCUCGAUGGAAAAGUCACCAAGCUCGACGACCUCAGUCCCGUCAUCUUCCUCAAUAGAACCAAGGCCGCCUUAAACUGCGCAGCUGGCUCAAUGCAGAUAGAGCUCAAAUUCAACGAUAAGUUCUACGGAAUAGCGUAUGCGCAGUUCGAUAGGAAUUCGGCUUGUAGAGUCUACGGGAAAGGAGCCUUCAGCUACAAGUUGGAGUUGCCUUUGAAAGGGUGUGGAACAAAACAGGGACCCCAACGUGUUUUUACUAACAACAUAGUGGUCAGAUUCAACCCCCACUUCGAAAUUGAUGGUGACGAAGUUAUCACCAUCGUGUGCAGGUAUCCUCCACCUAUAGUGCCACCUCCAGCACCUCUGCCGCAUAUCGUAUCUGAAGCUCCAGCAUCGCCGAUAGUAGCUGCACCAUUGAAAGGCUUCCAAAUCCUGCUGAUUAUUUGCGGUAUCCUCUUCUUAUCUCUACUUUUACUAGGAUUAGGAUGCUCGUACUACUGUUUAAGACGAAGACCUUUAACGGUCAUCCGACAACCGUUUUCUACUCUGGGAAGUGGAUCGGAAAUUACCAAAAUAUCCAGAAGUUCUUUAGGAAGCCUUCCCAUAAUGGAAGGUGUAAAGAUUCCUCGAGCCAAUGUCUUACCGUACACAGCGGCAGCAAGCAGUGCAGGAAGCGAAGGUCCUCUCAUGAGCGACAACCUACCCUCAGACUACCCCUCAGAGUCCCACUCAGAAAUAGACGUAGACACCGGAUCACUGCCAGUAUCGUCUGCGGGAAGCUACGAUAACCAAGCCUACAUACAAGAUAACAGUAGCGUGUACAGCGAAGGGUACGGCCAUACCGUUGAACAGCAUGUCCAGAACGCAGUUGCUACCACUGCCAUGGUACCGAGGUUGCCGCUGGCUGUCAAGGAACAGCCCAAGUUCGAUAUCCAGGUCAAGGUUAAGAAGAGUCCUCCUCCGCCGCCUAGUAUAUCGCUAUCUGACACUGAAAGUACUAGGACUGAUAGGAAUUUGUCUACUAUUCUAGAGCAGCAAGAGAGUAUUAGAUCAUUGGAUUCACCUCUGGUACAUGAGAGAAAUCAAUUCACUUACGUACCAGAGCUUCAUCCCCCACCAAAACACAUUCAACCCGCCCCCACUUAUAACAAAAUCCUUCGAAGGCAAAUGGAGAUGCAAGAGGAACGAUACGUUGCUCCGACUCCUCCACCACCUCCUCCAAUAAUACCAAAACGAGAACGACUGACAGAGGACGUACCAGAUACCUUCGAACCACCAAUAGCUAUAGUACACAAACCAGAGAUAACCUCUCACAUGGUUGACGAUGUUUUCUUAAAGACCAUUACCGAAAAGAAGACAAUAGAGGACAUAGAACGCCAUCGGCGGUUGGUUACCGAGUACCACACCAGAGCCAAACCAGUGGAUGACCAGAAAUGGAACGUUACCAUCAGAAACUACCCGGUUGAUAUGGCAGAGCCCCCAGAAUGGGAAAACUUCUCUGACAUAUCUUCAGCUUCAGGCUUGACUCUCACCCCAAAACCAGAGAGAGCUACCAUGAGUUUACCACCACAAAACCUUAUUGUAGAUGACAAAUUACCACUUAACGCACCAGAAAUCGUAGCUAACUUGGGAGCACCAUCCCCUCCGAGAUAUACAACUACAUCGGAAGUGCACACAAGAGAAGAGAGCUAUUUAUCGAUGUUCAACAUACCACCAGAAAACCCCGAAGUUCCCAACUGGAACGUCCUCAUUCGGGUCUUCCAACCAACAGAACAAGAAGAAGGACCAGUUAUCGAUAGUGCAGAAACGUUUAAUUCUCAACUCACGACAGCAGAUAAAAUGAAAUGGCGUCAGAUCAUCACCACAGAAUCAACUUUAAGAACCUUGUUGACGGAAUGUGUGAUAAGGGAGGAUUAUGAAAGAGUUAGGAGUGAUACCAGAUACACUAAUAUUUUCGAACAACCCAAAUGGGAUGUUAUUAUCAGGAUUCUUGCGCCACCUGAUAGACAACCAAAAAGCAAAAAAUGGGACAACAGGAGUCGCCGCAGCAGCUUGCCAACACUCUAUGAAUACGACUCCGAUGGAGAAAGUUCCGUUCGCACCCUCACCCGAGAGCCUCUGGUCCUGCCACAACGAUCGAGGAAAAACUCCAACUCCAGAUCGAGCUACAGAAGCGAAGCCGAUUUGAGAUCUAUGUCGGAGAUGACGGUAGACUUCGGAAGGCAGGAUAACUUUUCCGAAACGUCCAGCUACUAUCCCGACAAGAGAUACUACGAAGAUUCCGAACAUGGUCACCCUUCGCUGGCUAGAUCGCUGAGCCAACCAAGUCUAGCCAGAUCUGCUAGCGAAUUUACGGAGAGAUGGGUAGCGCCGUCUAGAUACGAUACAGCGAGUGAGUUUACUUCACCAGAAGGAACUCCUAAAUCGCAACGCAGCUCGCGAUUCCAGCCUCCACGAGGCACAGGCGAGCAACGAGCAGUCUGGCAGACGAGCCAAGCGAGUACCACAGCUGGACCUCGUGGUACCAGCCAAGUCGUAACCCAAGAAUUCAGGAGCCAAGCUUCUUCCAGUUACGUCGGGCGUAGUCAGCCUCCUAAAGGCUGGUUCGGUGAUAACGACAGCGAAGCUAGCUAUAAAUAAAUCGAAUACCUACAAAGGCAGCUUGUGCUUGCCUGUAGGUCUAACUAAAAGCAGUUACACUGCCUAAAGUACUCAGAUAUUCCUAAUUAUGUGCUAAUAUUAAUAGAAAAGCUGCCCUUUUUUAUUUAGAAAGAAUUUUCUUGUCGUUUUGUAUAUUACCUCUAAAUUUUAAUAUCAUUUUUUAUAUUAUUAUUUUACUACAGUCUCUAGGUUUGCAUUAUGUAAAAGAACAACAUUUAGUCCAACGAUUUGGACUAAAUAUCAAAGAAACUCUUCAGAGGCAUGAAACAAAUUUUGCCGCUAACCAAGGUUGCCAAAUUAGAUCUCUCCUUCACAAAUAUUUGUUCAAGAGGUUAAUAUUUUUCAUGUUUUCUUACAUAAUGCAAACAUUUUAUCCGUGAAAACAAAAUCUCAAUUCAAAUAAUAUUAGUAACAAGCUGUGAUAACAAUGUAAGGUGUGUUUUUGGUUCGAUUUUUUUAUUCGAAGGGGCCUACCUGGUUUUCCACUUUUUCAAGCAAAAUAACGUACUCUAAAUUGAAGAACUGUAGAACUGGGUAUUGGGCAAUGUGUCUCAUUUAGGUUUUAUAGAAUGCUUACCAUGUAAUAUAUAGGAAGACGUUUCACUUAUUCAUCUUUACACGAUUGAGAGUGGUUUGAUUGAUCAAAUAGAAUAAUAAACAAUGAGUUCUAAACACAAAAAGGUUGGUAAACAAUUUUUAAAUUAAAAGCCUGUGAUUAAACAAAUUUUUUCGGCUCGCUAAGUCGACAGACAUGACAUUGAUAGCAUGGGCUUGUGCCCCAUGUUGGGCGCCAAUUCAUAAUCAAUCACACACAAUCAUUUAUAGUUUAUAGGCCACACAACAGCAUCCGACAUUGAUUGCAGCAAGAUUAAAUAUAUAGCUAAAGCAAAACAAUUUGGUACUGAAGAUAGACGAAGGCUUUAAAACGAUAUAAAUGGGAAUCAGAAGGACCUUGGUUUAAAAAAUUAAUAUAUUAAAAAUUGAAUCAUUACAACGAUCUGUCGUAAAAGAUCUUCAAACUUUUGGUUAUACUUGGAUUCCGAGAAACCCACAACCGAAACAAAUGUGUUAAUGAUGACCUAGUGUAUCUAAUACGUUAAAGUGAAAUAUUUUCUUCAAAAAAUUGCUUAAAACCCGAGACACAUUGUCCCUAUUUUAACGUUUAUUUUAAUAAAACCACAAAAAUAUCUUUCACAUUUUUGUAACUGUGAAAUUCGUUUUUGUCCAAUCUAAUGUGCUCAAUUUUCUAAUCGGUGAUGGUUGGGGCCUAUUUUUCCGCGUUUUACUAAACCUUUCGCUAUUUUUUAUACCUGAGUUACUGGAAAACUACACCAGCAAUGUAAGAUACUCCUUUAUGGUGCUAAUUAAUUUUAAAUUUUAUGUAAACCUAUUAUGUAAGCUUUUAUAAAAAGGAAAUAAAUAUUUUAUAAUAA